CAAGUAGCUGACAUGUUUUUAGAACCACACCGCUGCGGAAUGAUGGCGUAGCCUUCAUCGUUUUCUGUCGUUGCGCAACGGUAUGAACCGCUAGAAUUUAGAAACAGGGUUAUCUCUGUUAUCUAUUUACACAAAUCGCACUCUCGCUGUGCCGUAUCGGCGAUUUAAGAUGUCUAUUAAAAUAUUGGAUUUCGAACUGGUCGGAGAAUUCGGUUCCAGUCGACGUCUAUCACUCGUAGCGAAACAGAGAUGGACGACUCGGGGCCUUCCGACGGUCUAGACGUCCAGAAUCGCAAGUCCGGACUGACUUUAGAGCCAAUCAUGAUGUUAAUGUGUCUCGGAAUAAAAGCAAACCUGAUGGUGCAGACUAAUCUAUUUGAAGAACGUGUAUGCCUUCAUAGUGAUCUCGGACAAGAUAAGUCUUUGAAUUGCUACAGUAUGACUGCAGCAGAUCUAGAAAUAGUUCAGCCAGCUGUGGCAGAUUUACAGAUGAUUAAAAAUCUGAUUGAGACAUUGGUGCCUUGUAUAACAGCAUUGUGGCCCUUGGAGUGAUAUAAACGGUCGCUUGCCUUUGUUAUUAACAGAAAUCUCAGGUAUGGUAAUUUCUAACUGUAUGUACAGUGCAUUUUCUACGAUACCAAGUCUGUCUCCAAUAAUGUUUUUGCUGUGCAGCAUACCCGUUGCUGUAAGUGGUGGCUAUGGUGUAUUGUUUAUGGCUGCAUCAUGUUAUAUUGUUGACAUCACCGAUUGAAAAUCAAGAGCUUUCAGGUAAUGAAUUUAAAAAUAUAUUAUUUAUUUAUUUGUUAAUUUGAGUUUUAUAGGUUCAAUAACCAAAUAACAUGU